CAAUUGAGACCUUGCGUGACGUUGUGACAUUGUGAAUUUUUUUUGUUGGUGACAAGUGUAUGGGCCUCUGGUGUGAUAUGGCACACGUGCCACCAUACCCGACCCGACGGCUAUCCGACAUCCAAGCAGAUGCGGCAGGCUAUAGAAUCGUUGAUGUUGAUCCCCCAACGAGGGUGGGGGGGGUGGCGUAAGGGGGGUAUCAUCUGACGGGACUGAUGAGUUUAGAUGCAUUAUUUUUCUUAGCAAGCUAGUCAUCGUUGAGGAGGCCAAGGGCGAUAGAGUCGGUUCCCUUGCAUUCUGGUUUGGGUGAGGACUGGCAGUUCAUAUUGGAUUUGGAAUACUAGCUCGGCUGCUUUGUCAUUGAUGUGGUCUACAGAAAGAAUCGGAGUGCCUGCCCUGCGCAGGAAAAGAAUGGAGAUGAUUUUUUGACUCGCAGCUGCUGCUGUGCUGGAUCUGUCUAUCUAUCGUGGAAUCAUGUCGGAAAAAAGACGAGUCGGAUUCCCUGUGGUGGACGAUUGAGUCGAUGGGGCAGCCACAGAAGGUGCAGAGCACAUCGAUUUUCGCCUUCCCUGUUCCUGACUCUCCCUUCAUCUCUCUCCUUCCCUCUCUCUCCUUCUUGUCCUCAGAACCUCUGUGUUGCUUCUCUCCUCAUUUCUUCCCUUCAUUCCCUGGCCAAGUCAGUUGGGCAUACGCACACACUGGCACACACAAUGCGAUUUUCAAGAGAGAGAGAGAGAGAGAGAGAGAGAGAGAGAGAGAGAGAGAGAGAGAGAGAGAGAGAGAGAGAGAGAGGACUCUCCUUGUUUCUUCCCUCCAUUCCCUGGCCAAGUCACUCAGGCAUACACAGAAUUCGAUUUUGAUAACAGAUACACACACACACACACACACACACACACACACACACACACACACACACCUGUCUCUUAUACACAUCUAGAUGUGCUGCAACGACGGCAAUGUGGGUGUGUCGGGGGGAGACCCGUUGAGAAGGUCGGGGUGUGCUAGGGAGGUCUGGAAGUGAGAAAGUGUAGCCAGCUAUCUAUAAGCAAGAAGCCGAAGUCGUUGCUCUUCCCCUCGGCCGUGAAGCUGGCUCACUUUUUUUUCCUGCUGUGAUGCUGUCUUCUCUCUUCUGCUGACCUCAUAAAGCCCAGUCGUACUGACUGACUCUUUCUGAGGAUCACGUAAGUAUUAUCAUAAGGAUCUGGUGACUGCUGAUGCUCAGAUAUCGGCUUGCUGUUGUUGUAUAGUAUAAUAUAAUACUCUCUGCAGUGCGAGUCUUUCUAGUGACUGUCUCUUUUCUAGUGACUGUCUCUUUUCUGGUGACUGUCUGUUUUCUAGUGACCGUCUCUGGCGACUGUCUCUCCCUGCAGCUACAGCCUCCGUUUGAUUGGAUGCUAUUCACGGUCUCUGUCUUAUCCGUUAUCCUGUGUGAGAGCCGUCUCUUUGAUCCUGUUGGGUCUCGAUCUUGUCAUCAUUUCGGAUCUGUACUUCCAACUGCUUUUAGGUCAAGUGCAUGCGUGGACGCUGCUGAUCCGAGGAGGACAUCAAUGCGCGCGAUGGAGUAGGAUGGAGGAGGACGUCAAUGUGCGCAAUUGAGUAGAGGACAAGAGGCCUCUCUCUCUCCACUACUCUCCCCACCUGCAAUGCAAUCUUUCCAUGUUUUAGCGGAGGAUUCAGUCUCAUUUUGCACAUUUGCAGAGUAGUGGAGUGAUGCCCAAUGCUUUUCAUGUUUGUAGUGAGCGGAGGGGUUUACGCUGCGGAGCCCACGCAUUUCUUGCUUUUCGUUCUGUCUCGGCCCUUUGAUCUUGAAGUGGGCGGCCUGGAUUUCCCUAGAGAGCUCGAGUUCUAGUGGAAAGUCACAGUCCUAGAAUAUGCCGACAAGUAAAAUCUUGUUGCGUCU